AUGGCUAAAUUGAAACCCGAGCUAGAGCUUGUUUUUGAAAGAAAGAACAAGGAUCUGCUCAAAAUCCCUAAAAAUGCGCGAAUUGAGAAACGACCAAUUCCUCACCCCCCAGCUGCAUCCCCUUAUGCAGGAGCCAGUGUACCCAAAGUCGUUUAUGUCUCAACCAAGUCUCCGUUUAUGAGCAUUGCGAAACGCGUCCAAAAAUUGUUGAGAGAAGCCGAAAAGCGUGCUACACAGAGUAUUUCCCUGGGGAACAAGAGGAAAUCCGGCAAGGACAAGCUUACACAGCUUAAAAAUGCUUCGGAAGCAUUACGAAAAGAGCCAGUCUUUAUCAAGGCGACGGGGCGUGCCAUUGACAAGGCCAUAGAAGUGGGAAAGUGGUUUGACAAAAAGGAUGGGUUGACCACCAAGGUGAAGACUGGGACAGUCAUGGUGGUAGACGAUAUUGUUCGAGAUGAAGUGAUAGAAGCUGAAAAACAGCUUCCGGGCGACGUCCAACAAACUGACGACCAAGAAGAUGUUGCAUCCAAGGCGGAUGCUGAAAGGAAGCAGGGAAAGAACAACAGCAAACCUGAUAACGGAGAUUUAUCUGAUCUACCUGACUCCAGAACUCGCUGGGUGAACAUGGUAGAAAUCACGAUAACGAUGGACUGA